AUGAGACUUUUGCCUUUAGGAUUAGUCGCGGCUCAAUCAGAGUACUAUUUUCAGCACUGGUGCGGUGCUUAUUACCUUCCUAUGCUCGAUGAUGCUAAUUGCGCCAAGACUUUCCCUUCCGAUUUGACUCGCGGCGAGUGUCCGGUGCCCGUGCUCACAUCCGUCCCCAGUGGAUACGUAGCUGAUACAGCUUUGGAUCGAAUUCAAGUGGACACUUCAAGGCUUAGUCACGUCACCGGCGCUGAUGUCUGUAUUGUAAUGACGAAAAGGGUGAACAUCAAUGGAAAAGUUCGUCCUUACAACAAAUACUUCUGCAAUUCUAGUGCAGCUGCUAAUACUGCUUAUGAGACGUGGUCUUCUUCGAAAGUAUUUGCAGCAGCAAAUGCGGGAAGCAACAUGCGAAAAGGUUCACCAACUUGCUCUAGCGGACGCUUUGGACUUGACGCCAAAGUCUGGGGCAAAAACGGAUACACACAGCUUGCAGAUCUCGUUACCGCCGUCGUUGCUUACGACGAAACAGCUGGUUAUAGCUCCAAUGGUCUCUCUGCCUAUUUCCACGAUAUUGGUGGGAGAGAUUCAAUGAACUCCCUCGUCAAGUCUCCGUGGCUUGGGCAGUCCCAGAAUUCGUUGGGUGGGAAUUAUGGCGAGUCAGUCCCCUACGAUCUGGGGUUGACAUUUAUCGACGAAUACGGCGAAGCUUGCGUCGUAUCAAGAGACAAUCCAUCUCAAGUGUAUCCCAAUUCACUGACGUUGCUUGCUCAGAGUGAGCUUUUAAGAAGACUUGUCCAGCACAACAUCGUUGAUGAAGGUGUCCAGUGGCCCAACUUAGAAGCUCGAGAUCUCGAGCAAAUCCUCUACGGAGCUGACGAGACGGGUUUAUUCGGCUCUCAGCAGUGGGGAGGAAUGACCGCGGAUACAGCCAUCUACCUACAGAACUCACUGAACAUGCCAGAAGUAGAGAGGCUUUCUGGGGGAUCGUGGCGAAUUUACUCCAAGCUUGGCGCGGGUUAUUCGAGCUCUCGAAGAGUUGGAGAGAUCAUUACACUCGCUUAUGGGUGUUUCCCAGAUCUUCUAAAUGAUCGCGAAAAUUUCGAGUUUACAGUUGCUGUAAGAGGUUCAGUUGCCAACGAUAGCUUUUUGUUCAAUGCUGAGCAGCGGGUCAAGGAUGCAAUGGAUAGAACUAUUCAAGCUGUUUGGGAAGGAAGACUAAACUAG